AUGGACCAACCGACAGCAUCAUCGGAAGCUCCAGAACGCGCGGUCUCUUCUGAGCCCAGCUCAACGAGACCAAACCCCUUCACAGAGGGCGACGACGCCUCAAGAAAGCGACGCCGCACUUCCUUGUCUGGGGGCUCCCGAAGCCGAUCCGUCGAAAGCACCAGGUCCGGCCUCGCCAACUCCAGUUCUCCAGCUGCAGACAUCCUCGCCGACGAUCUAAAUCCCCAAGACUCCGCCAUGAAGAUAGAUACCGGCCCCUCCACCCCGCAAACGCCGGACCUGCAGUCAACUGCCCGAGAACCUCCCACAGAGCCCCCCUCGAGCCGCGUUACGAUUAACUUGCGCAAUGCCGCCCAGCCCGACUCGUCCUCCUCCCCCGUCUCACCGACUCCGCAGUCGUUACCGAACCGGCCGAUCGAUCCGUUAGAUGGAGUCAGGAACAGUGUUGAGAACUUGGACGAGGUCGACAUGGUUCCGGCUACGAUAGAAAUUACAGAUACCCCGCCGUCCAGUUCGUCGAGCAUGCAGAGUCCAGAGGUCGAAAUCGUAGCAAUUCCAGACGAUGAUCAGGAUGCUCCGUACGACGACGACGACAUCAGCAUCGUCAGGGCACCUUCGUCUCUUGAUCCAGCUAUCGAUCCAACCACCGACUUUCCGUUCAACGAGCCUGGUGAGACGUUGCUAGACACGGUCAGCAAAGUGAUGAACUUUCUACCGUCAAACCAAGCAGAAGAAUCCGCGGUGGAACCCUUGCGAGGCUGGAUGAUGUCUUACAUCAACUACGUCCAAAACGUUGGACCCAAGGCCGCGUACCAAUCUCACGUUGCCUAUCGCAACUUUUGGCACCUUUUCCCAGAGACUGCAUGGGUGCUCGCUAACAAAAAGCCACCAACCUCGCGAGACAGCCAGCUCAUCAUGAGUGACUUCUUCUCUGCGUACUCCAGAUUGGCCUCUCUCUUCGUCGAGUUUGACUACUUGACUGCUCAGGCAUAUCAGGUAUCCCCGGACGCUGAGUCCCGGCAGCCGGAGUUUCUACUUGGUCGCUACAUUCAACCUGUCACCUACUACGCUAGAAGAGAAGAGUCGCGGGCCUAUAAUGGACAACUGACAGAUGACGAUGUGCAGUGGCCGGCGCGUACCAGGGAGGUAUCCGAUAUGGUGGACCAGUUCCAGUCAACCUCGGGCAGUCUCAGAGCGCUGAACAAACUGACUCGUUUGCAUCUGAGCAACGCAUCAAGAUAUCAGCACUUGAUGGAUGUGCUUAUGCCAAUUGGCAACAUUGCGGCACUCAUUCUCAACAAGGCUGUAACAAGGGCCCGGCAAAUACCCGAGAAAAUCGAAAUCGCAAAAGCCAAACUGGCGGAUGGUCAUAUUCUCUACAACUUGCUUUCAGAGGCCUUUUCGACGGCUGUGGAGAAGAACGUCACGCAGCUCUCGGUCGAAACUGCUCGGGAUCUCAUCUUCGCGUUGACCGAACUUCUCAAGACUUCGCUGCUGGGCGAUCACCCACUUGCAAUGGAACGAAUCAAGGCGCACCGACAGAUGUUCCCCGAACUGCCGUCCAAAUUUACUGCCGAUGCCAUAUCUAUGGAAUGGCGGCUUGGCAUGUUUGCAAAACUCAUCACGUCCAGCCAGAUGCAGCUGCGCGUUAUGUCCGCGUCAGUGAUGUGUUCGGACCUCAUCAGCUUCUAUAAGAGAUUUAGCGAUAACGAGGACGACAAAGUGGAAUGCGCAAAGUUUCUAUCCCAUAUUGCGGAAUUCCUUCUCCGAACCAGGUUGGUCGACUAUAUUCUGGGUCCAUCCUGUCAUCCCGAAAUCACCAACGAGAGCGGCAACAUCGUUGGCUUUCUGGUGGUGACGCACUUCUAUCGCAACGAACACACGGACCUGCUUUGGCAGACGAUCUCAACGACGCAAGAUCCACGAAUUGCUGAGGCAUUGCUACGCAUGACAGGAUCCAUCACCAAUCUCUUCUCCAAGGAGGAACUGCUGUACCUAUGUCAGAAGAUGCAUGGCCUGCCCCUUGAAUCCUUCACGGUAGCAGUACGAAACCUUUGCACCUCAACGCUGAAUAGUCUCGCCACCAAAAUUCAGCUCAGUGGGGAGAGCCCAAGUCUUCUCCCAUUAAGCCUUUGCAUUCGGCUUCUCCGAGAGUCGUCAGUGUACAACUCGGACACUCAUAUCGCGUACCCCGAAGUGCAUCAGUUCGCCAUAAAUAGGUUCAGGGAGUUGGCUCGGGAGGGACUUGACCCUGAGAUCAGAAGAGAGCUGUACGCCGAUUGCAUCCGAGAUAUUUCUGCCAAAACGCCCACGACACUUGGCACACUCUGGUGCCUUCUGAUGGCCUCGCAGCCUGCCGUCGUCAACGAGGUGCGAGUGCUCGCCACAGAACACAACCUGACGUCCUUGCUCAUUGACGAGUUUGAGCAUGCGAUCCAGCAGGCAAGACGGGCGGGUGUCCCAAUGGUUCUAUGCGAACAGGUCAAUCGGCCGCGCAGGGAUCUCAUCAGUGUCAUCCUGAUGCACGAGCCCACUACCGUCACCUCGGAACUUGGCCCACGGCUUUGGGAUAUGCUUGUUGCACACGGCGCCGCUUGUCAAGAAGACCGCAGUGCCGGAUGGUACAUUGUCAAUAAUAUCUCCAAUAACCCGCACCCGCUCAGCAACCCACUCGGCAACCCGUUCUUUUCGGUGUGUUUCACGGAGUAUCUGCCCACUGUACCGCGGGACUGUUUCUGCGACGGUACGCUGCAAUUUGUCAAAAAGGCCGUUCUCCCUCGCGUCAACGACAUCAACGACAUAAUACUGGACGAUGAUGAGAGCCUCUCACGAAGCGGUGUACAGCAGCUAUGGCGCAUGAUUCUCGACGCAGACAACUUGGCACUUGUGGAAGCGGCGAUUCAGACGCUCGUAAGCGAUAUUUACAUAGACAGCAAGUCUAUUUUGGCAUACCCGCAUCACAGAGCUUGCCAAGUCCAUCUCGGACUGGUGAAUCGCUGUUUGAAGCAGAUGGAAGAUGCCGCGAAGCAUUUGGAGUCUACCAAUGAUGGUGGUCACGUUGAAAACGGCGAACAGAUGGCCGUCGUUGAAACAGAGGAGCAAACAAGGGAGCAAGAGCGCAUAUUUACGCGCUCGCUUGCGGUUCUUCGACAUUUCUUGAAGGCGCAUCAAGCCAAGGCCCAUUUCUCUGCACCAGACCUUCGUGCCCUGACUCCUGGUUCGCCGGGCGUGGCAGAGGGAGAACCGGCUGGGCUCAAGUAUCAGUCAUUCGAUGGCGACAGGCAGACCGACAUCAUGCCCCUCGAAGUUGGUCGUCAGAAUACGGCGGCUUCUCUGUUAGCGAGUAUCAGGCAAGCCACUGGCUUCGAUAACUACAGGAUCUACUACCGAGGCCAUCCUUUCGCACCCAAAGAGAGCGAAGUCUGCCGUUCUUUGGAGGACCUCGAGAUUCACGACGGAUUGAUUUUGGUCAAGCGGGAAGACAACGGCACGGCCGCGGCUACUAGGAUUAAACCAGGCGCGUCACUCCUCGAGAUUGAGAUUCUGGGUCACUUCGAACAGUUAUGGAAUUACCUGAGCCUCCAAGAAGGUCUUGCCAGAGAGAUCCAUGCCUUUCUCAUCAAGCUGCCCGCGGAUGCGCACAUGUUGGCGGCCUUUGACUCUCCCGACACAUCAUACCGGCAGAUUUUCCCGCUGGGACAGCCGUUCAAAUGUCUCUAUGCCCUGUAUGCCAUGAGAGAAUACAUGGAUUCUGCUGGUCGCCGGCUGAAGGAGGCCUCAUCUACGCCAGCCACCAGGGACGAUGCUGCAGUGGACGCAUAUCUCGAGGCUCUAGUAAGGGUGCGAAGAUUGGUCGUUUCAGCCAUCUCCGAUCCCGAGCUCAUUGAAAGCUGUGCAUCAGAGAUGCUGAAAAGCCGCCUGACGUUCAGCUUGAUGAAUGCUUACACGCUGACAUUCAGAGAACCUGUUGUCUUGGGAUCCGCGGUCAAACCAAAGACUGUCGUUGUAGCACCGGCUGACCGUCUCGUCGACAUUUUGAAGUCGGCUGUCACUGAGCGGCGUUCUGAUGCCUUCGUCUCCCUCGUCGCGUCCACGUUCACGGCAAUUCUCAAGAGUGUCGCUAUCGACCCAACUUUUUGGGCGGCCUUCCAAUGUUUGCCGGGCCUCGAGGAACUGCUGAGCAUUCUUCUAUUGCAAGAAACCUCGGAUGCAAUUCGUGCCAACGUCGCAAAGUUAAUCGAAGAGAGAAUUAUCUCACCUGAAGAGCCAACCGCGACAACUCGGUUGUUCUGUGAAUUUCUCUGGUCGGUUCUCAACCGACUCCUCCCCACGGCGGCAGAGUUGCCCAAGCAAUGCCAGCAAGUCUUUGCACUUUCCCACUUGCUGCUGGCCGAGUUGGUUCGCAACAACCCGGCUGCAGUGGACGUUCCUGAAUUGGCACAAAUCUGCGGCGAACUUCUGCUAGAACAUGAAUCGGCCGAAAAACUCGGACAGUUUGGCCCGGAGGACGUUGUAGCCAAAGGCUUGACCAAUCUGCUCUACAGUUGCCUCAGAGACGAGAUGGGCGUCAAUGUGAGACAAGAGCUACCGGAUAACUUCGGCAGGAAGCUUUUCUGGAGACAUCUAUUCCCGGCCCCACGGCCGCAGAGCACCCAAAGUCGAUCGUGCAUCUUGUCAACCCAGACUAGAUCGGUCCUGACGGAGGUCAUCUUCGGUCUGGUCACGAGGUCACCGCGGGAGUUGUCCGUGAUACUUGGCGACUUGGACAGUCUGGUCCCUCAUGAUGAGUACGAUACCGACCCUUACCUCUACGAACUUCAGCCGCAAUUCGAUCGUAUGUCUGCAGUGAGAGCUCCAUGUGGUUAUUCAGGGCUCCGAAACCUUUCCAACACAUGCUAUCUGAACUCGCUUCUUACUCAACUGUUCAUGAACACCGGCUUCCGUCAGUUUAUGAUCAACGCCACGACAGAUCAGUUGCAGUCUCACAACCUGGUCAGAGAGACUCAAAAGCUAUUCUCGUUUUUGCAGGAGAGCACCCGCAAGUUCAUUGAUCCCAGCCUACUCGUCGGCUGCAUCAAGACCUAUGACGACUCACCCAUCGACAUUCACAAUCAGAUGGAUGUGGACGAAUUCUACAACCUGCUCUUCGACCGCUGGGAGGGACAGCUUUCGACAGAAGAGGAGAGACAAGCUUUGAGGUCCUUUUACGGGGGUCAACUGGUGCAGCAGGUCGCGUCCAAGGAGUGCGAGCAUAUCUCUGAACGUCUUGAGCCGUUCUCGGCCAUUCAGUGCGAUAUCAAGGGAAAAUUGACACUGCAAGACAGUCUUCAGGCUUAUGUAGACGGCGAGAUCAUGGAAGGGGAUAACAAGUACAAAUGCUCGAGCUGUGACCGUCACGUCGACGCAGUCAAGAGGGCGUGUUUGAAGGACAUCCCCGACAACCUGAUUUUUCAUCUGAAGAGAUUUGACUUCAAUCUUCGCACUUUGAUGCGUAGCAAAAUCAACGACUACUUCUCUUUUCCCACCAAGAUCGACAUGCGACCCUACACGAUAGAUCAUCUCGGGUCCCCUUCCGAAUCCGGCGAGGAAGAUAUCUUCGAGCUUGUUGGCGUUCUUGUUCAUGCAGGCACUGCCGAAUCUGGUCAUUACUACUCCUACAUCAGGGAGCGACCUACUUCCUCGUCUUCCGAGGCCUGGUUUGAGUUCAACGAUGACAUGGUUUCUCCGUGGAACCCGGCAGAUUUGGAGAAGUCGACUUUUGGCGGCGCAGACGGGCCUUUCGACAACGGCAUCACCUACGACAAGACUUACAGUGCAUACAUGCUGUUCUAUCAGCGAUCUUCAGUCUUGAGAGCCGAGCAGGAAAAGUUGCAGAGUCUUUCUCUGUCAACGCCGCUGAAGGUUGAUGUCCCUUACGACAUUGCCGACCAUAUCUUGGGAGAAAACACCAUACUCCUACGACGGCACUGUCUUUACGACCCGAGCCACUCGAAAUUCAUUCUCAAGCUAUUCCAGCACACUAGGAUGCGGAAUAGCGGGAGCUGUUCGCCGAGUCAUAAGUUGGAGCGACGUGCCAUGCAUAUGUUGCUAGGCCAUCUGGAUCAAGUUGCCUCUCGAACCAAGGAUCUCCCCUACUUUGAGCUGUUCCGCGGUCACAUUGAGCGUGCCUGCCUCGGCUGCGUCGACUGCUCUCUGAGCUUCUUUGAAUACUUCCAGGAGCGUCCUGAAGCAUUCAGACAACUCCUCCAGAGAAAUCCGGACGCCAGCGUUCGAUUUGCCAUCGGUUGCAUGUUCAUGACGGCUCUUCGACAGUUGAAGAACUCAAACCCCAAGCUCUGGAGUCUCUCCCAACCGGACGAGGCUGAAGAACCCAUCGUGGUUCAAGUCGCGCAGUUGUUCGAUACGCUGUGGAACAACUUCCACGCCAACAUUCGGUCUUGGCCAGAAGUCUUUCAAACGAUCCUAUCCUUCGCUAAGCUUGGCCUAUUGGAAACAUCCUUGCUUCUGUCGGAAGAUUGGUUUGUGAGGAUUUUGCGCAUCAUCUUCGCCGAUACAAACAUGGACAUGGCACCUCACUACGUCCGUAUGCUUUCGAACGUCAUACGUCGCGCGAAUAACACCCGUGCCACGCAGUACGAAAUGAUCAUUCAGCUCAUUGACCACUUCAUUGGAUGCUUGGAGGAUGUCCUAGAUGCGAACACCAUCGUGGAUAACCCCGAGAUGCGACUGGAGACUUACAUUGAGCAGCAUCCUCAGAAACUACCGUGGACGUCCAGUGAAGUCAACAUCCUCGUUCACGAGUGGCAAAGGGGGGCUGGCAGCACCUUCAUCAAGAAGCUGACCGAGCUCAACCAAGAUUCUCUGUCUACGGGUUCCAUCAUUAGAAGAGUAAUGGCCUUGAAUUCCGACAUGGAGAUGAAGGUCUUUUUGGCCAUUCGUGGCAUGAUCAGUGGUCAAAUAGUGGGCCACCCGGUAGCGCCGUACAUCGCGGCGGCCAUGCUGUUUUCCAGCCAAAGCAGGUCGAAAUCUCACAUUGAGGCACUCUUCCGCCAUGUUGCCGAUCAGUGCGGGACCCUGCAAAACGCCGAGGGUGGUGCUUUUCUGCAUUUCUUCAAGACUGCCUACCAGAGUCUGGAAAACGGCGGCGGCGAGGACGAACGAGAUGCUAGAAUCUCACUGUACAUCGAGCAAGCGCCAAUUUGGGCGCCCGGCUUGCUAGGCUACUAUGAGGCCGAUGUGCGACGAGAGACGCAAGAUUUCCUGUUGGCGUGGCUAUCCAAAUACCCCCCUGAGAACCACGAGGACAAGUUUGCGAUGGCCGUGAACAGGUCAGCUCGGCAGCUCGCUGUGAAUUGUUUGUGGUACCUCAGAGACAACUUCCUGCAGCGAAGGACUCAAGUGGUCAAGCAGCAUACGGAGAGCCUGCAAAACAUUAUUCUAGAGUGCGAGCCUUACUUCCAGCUCGAUGUGGAAGGAGAUAGGAACCGGGUCUUUACGCACUUGGAAUUCCAAGAGCUCUUCCAGGACAUCAUGGAGCCACUCCGCCGCGUCGCAGUAGAGGAAUUGGAGGAUGAUGCCUCCGGUAUGUCCCCAGGCUACUUCAGUGACACGGAAACCCUCGACUCAGAACCGUGA